UCUUUAUUACUGUCUUGCAUUACAUUUAAUAACAGGGAAAAUAUGAUGUGGAUUUAUUAUUAAAAAGAAAAAUUGCUUAAAUCUAAAGCAAAAGUGUUAAAAGUUGUAAAAUAUUAAUAAAAAACAUUCAAGUUAAGGGUCUUCACUUGUAUGAGUGAAAAAUAAAUUUGUUACCCCAAAACACCCCUGACCCAUAUAAAAUUUUUUUAUUAAAUUUUACUACAUUCAGACAUCGCGUAGUACGUAUUUUACUAAAUACAUCGGCACGUACCCGUACAAAAUCAUAUCCAUACCUUUUAUUGUUUGUUUUUUGAGACUUUUUUUGCUGGCAUUUUCGUUAAACACGGAGUAGCAUUGGAAAAGUAAACAAUGACGAUCAUAGAGGGCAAUAAAGAUGAAGCUUUACGCUGUAUUGAUAUAGCGGUCCAAUCACUAUCUGAAGGAAAAUUGGAAAAGGCCGAAAAGUUUUUGCUGAAAGCAGAGAAACUUUUUCCCACACAAAAGGCUAAAGAUUUACUAACCAAAGUUAAAAGUUUCCCCACAAAUGGUGGUGGCUCCGCAACUUCAUCCGCCAGAAGCGCCGCGGAUGGAGAAGGUGUUCGCAAACGUAAAUUAUCUGAUUCACGUAAUGCCGAACCCGAAUAUUCAUCUGAUCAAUUAGAGGCCGUUCGCAAAGUCAAGAAAUGCAAGGACUACUAUGAAAUUUUGGGCGUAACUAAACAAUCAACCGAUUCGGAAAUUAAAAAGGCCUAUAAAAAGUUAGCCCUGCAAUUGCAUCCCGAUAAAAAUCGUGCACCUGGUGCGGUGGAAGCUUUUAAGGCUGUGGGUAAUGCCGCUGCCAUCCUAACGGAUGCCGAGAAACGUAAACAGUAUGAUAUGUAUGGCAUUAAUGAGUCACACAGUGGAGGCGGUGGUGGUGGUGGUAAUGGUGGCAUGCGUGGCAAUUACUAUGCUAAUGAUUUUGGUUAUGCGCGUGGUUUCCAGGCAGACGUAAGUGCCGAGGAAUUGUUUAAUAUGUUCUUUGGUACCGGAUUUCCACAACAAAAUGUUUACAUGAGAUCACAGCGUCGCAGGCAACAGCGAGAGGAGAGAGAGAAUCAAUCCUCUUCAUCAGCUUUGAUAAAUCUAUUGCCCAUUUUAUUGCUUAUUGGACUGUCGAUGAUGUCCUCCUUCUUUAUUUCAGAUCCCAUUUACAGUUUGUCACCUUCUCAUAAAUAUUCGGUUAAACGUGAAACAAAUACCUUGAAAAUUCCCUAUUAUGUGAAAGACAAUUUCUAUUCUGAGUAUCAGGGUUCGGUAGGGCGUUUAGAAGAGUCUGUGGAAGAAGACUUCUUUAAUCAUCUCAAACACUCUUGUAGUCGUGAACGAAAUUAUCGCGACUCUAUGCUGGCUAAAGCACGCAGUUUUGGCGAUCGUGAUUUGUUCCGCAAGGCCCAAAAUAUCAACAUGCCUUCGUGUGAUAAUCUACAAAAGUAUUUGAAUACAUAGCUGGCUGCUGACAAAAAAACCCCCAUUAUUAAUUUAAGGCAUUAAUGUCAACUAAAGAAAAAUGUUUGUUUAAAUAGUAAUUAUACUUUUAAUUCAAAUUAUUAACGAAUUAUUUAUGAUGUUAUUAAUAAUAAUCUUUGUUUAAUUUUUAUUUUCUUGGAUUUAGUAAAAUUUUGUUUGUGCAUUUUUUCUUUUCUUUUUAAAUAACUUUAAAGUAUCGUCGCGGACAUGGAAGUUUAAAUGAUAAUGAAAAUAAAUAAUGGUAUAGAUAAUAAAAUUGAUUUAAAUAAAUAUUUAAUAAAAAUAAAUAAAAA